CAUUUCUUCUUCUUCUUCUGCAAUUGAAGGGGUCUGAAUUUUACGCGAGCUCGGCGUAUCAAAUGUGACACGUGCUUCGGAAGGACAGCUCUUUGUAGGUGGAUUAAAGGCUUUGUUGCAACUAGUUGAGUUACUGUUUUUCAGGUUUUUAGCGUGGGAGAAGUGAAAGGCUCUUCGCGAUGGGAAUGUUUGAUGGAUUUCCCAUUCCUCCAGAUAAAGAAAAUUUAAGGGAUGAACUUUCAAGAAUAGAUGAGAGUCGGGCAGCUGCACGUUUUGAUUCACUUCCUCGUGUUGUCCGUAUCCUGACAUCAAAAGAUCGUGAAGGUGAGCUCCAGAUUUUGAAGGAACAAAGUGAAGUUGUAGAUGAAGUUGUGCAUGCUUACCACGGGGACUUCAACAAAGCAAUUCAAAAUUAUUCUCAGAUCUUGUCGUUAUUCAGUGAAUCCUCUGAAAGUAUUGGUGUUUUAAAGGGUGACUUGACUGAGGCUAAACAGUGUCUAGGGGUGCGCAAUAAAUAAUUGCAUCAGCUGUGGUAUCGAUCUGUUACAUUGCGUCACAUAAUCUCCUUGUUGGAUCAGAUUGAGGGAAUAGCUA